CCGCUUUUUGAAUUGCGAUUUUCAAACUGGAUUGAUUGAUUUGGAUUGAAUUGCGGUGGAGCGUAGCCGAAUGUUUCAAGUCUGUUUUGCUACAGACACUAAUGUAUCGUUGGUGGCUUGGCUAUAAAGUCUUCCUUGUUCUAGUUGCUCUCUUUUUAUGUUUGAAAAGUAAAGGAGUAUACGGUGACAAAAACUACUACGAAAUUUUGGGAGUUUCUCGCGAUGCGGAAACUUCAACAAUCAAGAGAGCUUAUAGAAAACUAUCGUUAAAAUAUCAUCCUGAUAAAAAUCCUGGUGAUGAAGAAGCACAUAAGCGAUUUGUUGAAGUGGCCAACGCAUAUGAAAUUUUAUCCGACCCCGGAAAACGAAGAAGGUAUGAUGCCUAUGGCGAAGAAGGAUUGAAGAAAGGUUUCGCAGAGGAGGAUUUCUUCGAUCCUUUUGAAGCCUUUCCCAUGAAUUUUGGUGGUUUUCAUUUUGACUUUGGAGGAUCCGGAAGACGAAAGGAGCGAGGUNGAGGUGAAGAACUUCGAGCUUCUGAUAUCAGGAUACCGUUGUAUGUGAGUUUGGAAGAGUUGUAUAAAGGUAGUUUUCGAGAAGUAUUGCAUCAAAAACAAGUCAUGUGUUCGAAAUGGGCAGAGUGCGAAAGUGUUUGUAGCUCUUGCAACGGGAAGGGACACAAAGUUACAACUCGUCGCCUGGGACCUGGUUUUAUUCAACAAAUACAAAGUAUUUGUACAGAGUGUGGAGGUUCUGGAAAGAUAGUUGAGAAACCUUGUAAAAGUUGUCCUCAUGGACAGUACGAGAAAGCAGAACGUUAUCUUACAAUAGAAAUAGAGAAAGGAAUGUCGGAAGGAGAUACUAUUGUGUUUGAACAUGAAGGUGAUGAAGUUGCCGGCUUUAAGCCUGGCCACGUGAUUUUUGAAGUUCGACUGGCAAAACAUGAAGUUUUUGAACGUCGUCAAGAUGACUUGUGGGGAACGCUCAAUAUUACAUUAUUGGAAGCUUUGACAGGAUUGAGCCGAAAUAUUACUCAUUUGGAUGGAAGAAAUGUCAAUAUAUAUGAAGAAAAUGUAAUAUUUCCUGGUCAAGUUUUGAAAGUAGCUGGCAAAGGUAUGCCGCGACAUCAAGGAAAAGACUUUGGAGACUUGCUUUUAACAGUCAACGUUCAAUUUCCUCGAAUACUCACAACUACACAAAAAACAAAGGUGAAGGAGUUAUUUUCGACAUUCCAAAUAGGUUUGGAACAAAUAACAAGGAAUCAUGAGGAACUUUGAACUAUUUAUCAUUUCCUGCUCUG